AUGAAGAGUCAUCGUAAAAGUUUAAAAUGUUUAUUAAUUUUGUUCAUAAUCGGUUCACUGAACAUGGGAAAUUAUGCUCAAUUGCUGAACCUAUCGGAAGGCAAGUUUGAUAUAUAAUAGACAUUUUUAUUUAGUUCUAAUAUACUUACCAACUAUACAGGUUGAUUUUUUUUAUGCCAUGAACCAGAAAUUAUCUCGGAGUUUUUUAAGUUAAUUUGAUUUCUAAUUUUUCUUAUCAUUAUAUAAUCGUUAAAGCUUUAUUUUAAAACUAUUUUUAAUUUCUUAACCUACUCCAUAUACCUUAAAUAGGUACAUAUUUUUGAUUUUCAAAUAGGAAAUUCCCCUUUUGAAACAGAUUUGAUUAGAGAAUAUUUUUCUAGGCAUUUUUAUAUGCAUAACACUAAUAUCAGAUUUACCGUUAAUUAGUUAUAACAGUUUAAAGUAUAGACCGGAGAAGUAGGAAAGGAUUAUAGAUAGACAGGUCAUUUAUUACUGGUUCAUGAUAAAAAUACCACUCUGUAUUUAAAUUACAAAUAUUUUACAGUAUAUUUGUAUACAUAAUAAACGAUCAUGUUGACUAUUCUAAACUAAAUUUACUUAAAAAAAAAAAUCAUUUUCACUGUUUUUACAUCGAAAAGUCUAGUAAACAAUAUUUUUUAUAAACAUUGAUUUUAUAAUGUAUAUAUAUAAAUUUAUAAAAUUAGUACUAUAAGUACCUAUUAGUUUUAAAAACGAGAAGUAGGUACUUACCUUUUUUGCAUCAUGGGUAGGCCAUUGGCCGUAACAAGUGGGAUGUUUGAAUGGUAGGUAUUGGAUUUAGGGAAGGCAAUACUAAAAUCAACGAUAAAUCAUUGCAUUCAAAAAACGAUUUUGGGCUGAGUAAUUUUAGUAGUAAUAUCAUUUGGUUUUUUUUCACUCGUAGCACAAUGUGCACAUGUGCUAUCCAUAAUGUAUUAUCUGUGCUCGUAGCCAAGGUAACCCAGAAAUCAACAAAAGCGAAACCUACCUAUGUAUCGAAAUGUGUAGAGAUUUUUUAAACUGUGUAGGAAACUGAUUGGAAUCUAGACAUUUGUUCGAAUAGGUACCACCAGACGAAAAUCUUCAUCGUGAUCGUUUCCGAGAAAAAAACGCGUCUUAGUAAAACUAAUUAUAACUUCUUUGCUACACUAAGAAACUAAGAGUCGCAUGCACGGUUCAAUGAAUUAGGUAGGCAACUAAAAUCAACGAAGAUGUCAUGUUUAGACUUUCUUAAAUCAAUCGAAAAGCGAUUUUCAUUAACAUAAUAAUAUUCGAAAAUUCAAAGUUAAUAUAUUUUAAAAUUCCAAUUUAUUUUAGAUAAACUGUUAAUUGAUUUUUAUUAUUUUUAAUCGACAGCGCUUUUCAAUUGGUUUGAGAAUAUGCACCCUGCAGAAUCUAAAACAAAAUCGAAAAUAAUGAAAGUGUUAUUGCUUUAAAAUUUGUUUCUUUGUUUUUUUUUCAAUUAUUAGAAAAAUGAAAAAAUCAACUCUGUCAUGCACCUACUAGACAACAUUUUUUUUCAGAAAAUACGCUACUCUUUGAAUUCAGAACAAUUAUGUUUCUGGUAAAUCGAAAAUAUUAAAACUUUUAUACCGUUAUACAUUUAUCAGUUUUUUUUCUUAUUAUUAUGGAAACUAAAAAUUGACUUCCCUAAUGUACCAACUAUCCAAAAUGCAACGAAAAUGUUAUCUUGUUAUUUUUUGAACACACGCAUAAAAAAAAGAUAAACUAAAUUAGCACACAUCAUAGUAAAACCAAAAGGUACAUACUGAGUGGAUAAUUAUUCUGCUCGAAAUUUAAAAAUAUAUCAUAAUAAAUAAUAGUAAAAUGUCAAGAUUAUCUUUAUUACAUUGCAUUUUUACUCGUUCUAAUAUUAUCUAUAUAUAAUAAUAUAAUGUGUAUUUGUGUGUUGUGUAUAUAGGAGACGUUUGUGGCAAAACUAAGAAAAAUUCGUUUAACCAUGUUUGUAGGGAAUUGGAUAAUUGCGCGAGUGCAAAAAAAGAUCUCAGUAACAAUAUUAAUCCUAAAUUAUGUUCGUUCAGAGGAUCAAUCGCAAUAGUUUGUUGUGCACCUUCAAACGGCGGCGGGACUACAACUGCUGCGGCUACCGCACCGACGACUGUGAAAACAUAUUCGGCCGCUGAAAGUAUGUGAGCGAUUUACCCAUUAUUCCGUACAAGUAGGGAUGGCAAAUUUUUUGUGAUCAUCGUCGAUGCAUGUAUCGACGUGUCUCUUUGAAACCAUCGAUGUUGAAAAUAUCGAAAAUUUAAAUAGAAAAUCGAUGAUUUUAGACAACAUUGUUAAUUUGAAAUAUUGAGAAAAUAAUUAUUGUCCCUUUGCCACGGGUACGUUAAAAGAGUCGUUGAAUGUUUAUUGAAACAGAACCGUAGCAAGAUUCAUUAGAACUACAUUAGCGGGCCAUUCAAUAUAUUUCCGCCUAAAAUAAAUUUAACACCCCCUCCCCUCCUGUCCACACGCGCACACUACCUAUAAACGAUUUACUUUAUUUUUAUUAGUAAUUACAAUAAUAAUAAUAAUAUUAUGAUAUUUAAUAAGAAAAAGAACACCACCAAACUUAUUAUAACUUUAUAUAUAAUAAUUAGCUGUCCCACACCCGGCGUUGCCCUUGUCAAUUUUUAUUUUUGUUUUUUUUACCCAUAUUCAUAUUUGGUUUUGACCGUGUCAGAAUUGAAUGAAAACAAAUAGGCGGAAAGUGGGUAGUUCAUCUUAGGCGGACUAAAAGUGUUCUAUUGUGUAAUUUGAAUAGUGUAAAUAUAGUAGUAAUAAUAAUAAUUAUAAUAGUUUUCUUAUUUGUGACAACUUAAUUAUCAUCCGUAUCACUAAGGUAACCCUUGAAUAAACGAACAUAAAUAAAUAAGCAAUUAGAUAUUCAUACUAAAUAUACCUAAAAACCCCUAUUUUACCACGUAGAGGAUGAAUUUUCAAAAAGCCUUUCUUAGAGUAUACCUACGUCAUAAUAGUUAUCUAUGUGCUAAAUUUCAGCCCGAUCCGUCCAGUAGUUUUGGCUAGGCGAUGAUAAAUUAUUCAGGAAAAGUUAUUUUAAAAUUUCAUUUUUCGUGCUUUUUUAGUUGUAAAUCCAUCUAUACCAUUUUCAAAGUUGAUUUUUGUAACCAAUUCACGUUCAAUCGAUAUAAUAUCUAUAUUUGUCAAUUUAUCCUGUGACAUUGUAGAUCUUAGAUAGUUCAUCAAAAUUUUUAGUUUACUAAAACUUCUUUCACAAGUUGCAAUUGUACCUACAGUUAAAAAUAUCAUGAGUGCAAUUUCAAUAUUAGAAUAAACAUAUUUUAAAGAAUACUUUUAAAUACAUUUUAGUAGCUCUAAAAAGGAGUAGUUGAUUUGAAAUUAUUCAUUAAAUUAUAAACUUGGUUUUUAAAACACUCGAAUUCGGAAUACAGAUCAAAUCCAUUGUGGUCUUCUCAGUACUUCAUAGUCAAAUUGUUUGAAAAAUAUCUUAUGGUUUCUUAUUAAAUAAUUUAUUUCCAGUUAAAAAUCCAAAAUCUGACAUAACUUAAUUAGCAUAAUAACAUCAAUGUUCAGUGAAAACUAACGAGUGUCCGAAGUGACUUCGGACAAGUUCAACUUCUAAAAUAAGCAUGAACAUAAAUGAACCUAAUGAUUAUUUUUCUGUAAUAUGGUUAAGACAUAGGUAAAAAACAUGAUAUUUUAUCAAUUAUAUGUUCAGAGUAAAUUAAAUAAAAAAACGUUAAAAUCUGUCCGGAGUCGUCCCAUUGUACGGUGUGUGUACACAAAUACAUUACCUAUAUAUUAUAUACUAUAUAUAGUAUAUAGUAUAUCGUAGUUACAGUAGGUAGAAUAACUAUUUUGCACAUGUUCUAAAUAAAAUAUAUAUUAUUAAUAACAUAAAUAAUAAUAAUAAAAUAAGUAAAUAAUGAAUAAAACGGGUCUGGACCCUGCAGCGGUACAUAGUGGUUAAAAUUACACUAUGACUAAUAUAGACACAGCGACAUAAUAUUAUAUAAAUAAGAUUAAACAAGACAAAAAAACAAUUGACUAACGGUACCAGAUACAGUUUAAUAAUAAACAACUUAAAAAUUAUUCUGGUUCAAAGAGCAAUAUGAGUGUAAAAUCUUAGUUAAAGGCGAAAAAAAGAAUUCGUUAAUGGGACAUUUGUUGCAAAGCGACAAUGCUCUUGAAAAAGGGGAGUUGGCAUGGUAAUUUUUUCUGUAAGAUGGAAUAUAGAAAGGUGGGACAGAAUGGUUAGUAUAAGAAGAAACAUUAAAGGGGAUAGAACUUUAGAAGUGUAUAGAAAUAUUUAUGGUAUAUUUUAUUCCGGCUUUCGCGCCUCUAAUUUUGUUGCACUCCUGGCCUGGGCCAGUCUCGUCAAGCCCUAGCUACGGCUCUGUAUUGAAACACUUAAUACACUCAACACUCAAACUCCAAAUAUAAACUAUGGCCAUUAAGUCCCUAGAAAUCACAAUUCGUUCUAUUGUGUGUAAGAAUAGUCGUGAACAUCAAAGACGAGCAAAAUCGAAAUUACAUCGAACAUAAGCAAACAUUGAGAUUAAAACAUCGGUAAAGUUUUAACAUCGAUGCCAAAUAUUGAAAUUAAAUCAUCGAUAUCAAACAUCAAAUAAUUUAUAUUCAAACAUCGAUAUUUCAAAAUAUUUGAUAUUUUAUUGUCAUCCUUAAAUACAAUACGAGUUAAAUAGGUUAGGUAUACGUUGAUUAUAUACUAAUAAAAAAAACAUUACCUAUUUUAUUAUAGUCUUAUAAAAUAUAUCUGUGUGACUGUGUAUGUAUAUUGUAUACCUUUCAGUGUGCCACGAGUAUUCAAAAUUAAUUUACACUACUAUACAGAGCCCGCUACUUAUCUCUUCUGAUUUAUCUUCGAAUAUCACCUUUAAAGAUUGUCUCGAUGUCAAGACAUUGAUUGUCGGAGGAACAAAAGCGGAUCCUAAGGAAUUCCCACACAUGGUUAGUAGUAAUUAAUUGGUGACAGUUCAAUUGGCUCUCAAAAGGGAAUUCGUACCGUCGAUUAUUACCUAUGUAUUAUUUUUGAUGUCAUGGUAUUCAAUCUGACAUGUUUAUAAGAAACUCUAAUACAGAAAUAUUCAGAUUACAAUUAUAAAAAUAACGUUGUUAGAUAAUACAUCUCAGAAUUAUGGUAUUGGUUUAAUAUCCAGAUUUCAAUAUAUUAAAAUAUUAGGCAACAAAUAUAAGCUAAAUAUGACUGUAUUAUAACAUUCGAUUGUUUUACCACACUUCGCUCCGAAUCGUUUUUGAUUAGCAAUGGGUUAUCGUUGCGUACAGAUAUAAAUUAAAUAAAUUUAUGUAUCCUACCUUCCCGUCUAUCUAAUCCUCCGUCUUUAUGGAAUUUUAAAUAUAGGUUCUCAUUUGAAAAAUCAAAGUUGGUANGUGUGUGACGUUUUAUCAGUGCUCCGUUACUCUCUCCUUAUCUAAUCUUAAAAGUGGAAUAUCUCGUUAGUGGGUUGAUGGAAAUCAAAAAUAUUGACACUAAAAUUUAUUUAAAGUAAUACCACAGAAUAGGUACACCUAAUAAUGCUAAUCCUCCGUCUUUAUGGAAUUUUAAAUAUAGGUUCUCAUUUGAAAAAUCAAAGUUGGUAUCAUCACAGGAUACUCUUUAAAUGUGAACAAUUUAAGCAUUUAAAAAAAAUCAGCUUUUCCUACACUUAAAAAUUCCAAAAAUUAGAAUUUGAAUGUAUGCAACAUGUCAACAAAAAAUUGGGGUGAGCACGUUUAGUGAACCAUACUAUGAUAACAAUUAAAUGAUAACUUUGAACAUAAUAUUGUAAUACCUUAUGCAAGUUUAGUGUAACUAUGUGGGUAGUUACGAAAUAAAUAUUGGGGGAGUUAAUUCAAUAGCCAAAUCUUGGAAGCGAAUUCAAUAGUACUUUAAGGAUAAAUAUAUUGAUUAACUGGGUUUGGGAGCUAAUUUAAUUGCACCGAAUUAAAGAAAUAUUCUUAGUAUUAGAUGUUUUUAAAAAAAAUGUGUACAUUUAUUUAAUAUUAUUAUCUUCAUAGGCUUUGUUGGGGACCGGUGAAACUCCGGGCAAUUGGGUAUGCGGAGGAUCGCUAAUUAGUAACAGAUGGAUAUUAACUGCAGCGCAUUGUGACAGGUAUAAAAUCAAUGUCAUAAUAAUAUGAGUAUAUUAUCACUUGGCAUGAAAAUCUUCCCAUGUGCAAGUUAUUGCAAAAUGACAUUUUGGUACUUCUGAAUUCUGAAAUAAAACACCAACUAGUGAUUAGCAUAUCAAUUUUAUUUUGUCAUAGCAGAAACAAUUUUAUUAUCCAAAAACAAUGAAUCUCCUAUGUGAAUUGUGUAUUAAUUUUUGUCUGAUAUAUUUUCCUUGAGCCUAGUGGAGGUUUUUGUUAAACUGUCAUUUUGUGUGAACUUUACACAUUGGAGGUAAAUCACCUGUCAAAUACAUUAUUUUGGCUUUUAAAAAUUAUCGAUUAAGUACAAUAAUUAAUAUUCAUGUAAUAUUGAAGAGAACCGCGGUGGGCUCGUCUCGGUGACCUAGACUACCUCACAGACACCGAUUACGCCAAUCCUAAGGACUAUAAAAUAAUCGAUCGCAAAAUACAUCCAAAUUAUAAAAAACGUAUAUAUUACAACGACAUUGCGUUAUUUAAAUUAGACCGGGAUGUGACGUUUUCGGCCUUCGUACGACCCAUUUGUCUAAACUCGGAUCCGUCUCUAAACCCUGAAAAAGCAGUAGCUAGUGGUUGGGGAAACGUGGAAACCGGUAAGCAUGAUUAUGUUGAAAAUUAUCAUAAUACAUAGGAUAUUUCUGUUUUAUAGUCUUACAACCCUUGGAGGUCUUUGGCUGUUUUCGCCAAGUUUCUCUUUCGUGUUCGAUCAUCCGCAUCUUUAUUUCCCGCUGUUCCCACGUUUUGUUCCAAAUUUUUGUUCACUAUGUAUCUAGUCAUCUGCAGCGGAGGGGUUUACUGUCUCUUGGUCCCGUUCCGCUUGGUUUGUUGAUUAGGACCGUACCUGUUGAUUAGUACGUAUUUUAUCCUUUACUCAAAGGCCCGUACUGACAACUUUUAUGGAGAGGUUACACUUACAACUUAAAAGGGCGCAAAAACAAGUAGCAAUUAUAAAAUAAAUAAAUAAUUAUGGGGGGUAGGGAGUUUGUGGGGAGGUAUCUAUUCGCUCAACUUUUUCAGAGGCAAAAUAAGUCUACAAUUUGUUUGGUAGAGGUAAAAUAACAUACAAAUAAUUAUUAACAUAAAUCCGUAGAUUUACGACAAAGGAAAAUUAACAAUAUUUAAAUUUGUUCUUUUUAGAGGAAUUUAAGGUAAGAUUUUAUACAUUCUUACAAUAGAAAAUGCUUUCAAAAUAUAAAAAGUUGAUACUUCUCAAGAGUAGAAUAUACAGGAUAAUUCACCAAGCAUGCUCAUUCCAUUUUGUUUGAUUAAAUUUUGCAUAUAUUCAAAUUCUGAAUUUUAGAAUUUUCAAGUGUAGUUAAAGACGAUAUUUUCGAAUACUUAGAUUUUUCACAAUUAAGCACAAUUAAGUGAUUCACAAGUAAGCAAAGUGAAUCACUUUGUACAAUAUACAUUGUAGGCCACUGUGCAAGAUACCACUGUUCAAGGUUAGUAGUUGAAAAAGUCAGAUAUACGCGGUAAUUUAAAAUGUGUACUGUUUGUAUCAAUAAACCAUUGAAAACCUUAAACGAUACUGAGCGAAGUAAUAUUAGUCGUGGUUUUUCGUCCUGUAGCCGAAGUAACCCAAAAUCAACAACGGUAUCAUAAUUUGUUAUAAGUUUUUUAUUUUAUGAUUCGAACAAUUUGAAGUCUUUUUAUAGUUUUUAGAUUUUAACUAAGAUUGUACCCAUUAAUACCUAUAGUGUUAGUAUUACCCCAAAAUUUUAAUUAAAAAUGUAACUAAUGUGCUGUGUAAGGCGCACUGUGAUAAGGCAUAUCGAGCAUCUGUCCAAUUGCCCAGCGGGCCAGUACGGGCCGGUUUACUAUCCAGACAUAAUCAGCCCACUUUAGUAUUUUAUGUUGGGUAUUGCUCAACAAAAACGUAUUCGACCAAAGUGUGUUACUGUGCAAUAAUUAAUACAGGAGGAUCGCCCAGCGAACACUUGUUAAAAGUGACUCUGGAAUUGGUUCCGGCGAGUCAGUGUAACAAUACUUACAAAGACCAGCGGAGAUAUUUACCAAACGGAAUAAUCGACGAGAGCCAGAUCUGCGCGGGUUUCUCGGAAGACGGAAAAGACACGUGUCGAGUGAGUAACCGUUUCGUAAUCGUAUGAGUAUGUGUUUGCAAGUACCGACAUUUUACGUUUGUUUAAUUUUGAUAGGGCGAUUCCGGCGGUCCGAUUCAAAUAAAAAACAACGCGUACGAGUGUAUGUACACGCAAAUCGGAAUAACGUCGUUUGGACGAUUUUGCGGUAUAGCGAACACGCCGGGCGUUUAUACACGAGUGUCUAAAUACAUUUCGUGGAUUGAAAAAACCGUUUGGCCGAAACGAUGAUUAGUUAUUAUAGUACGACAAUAUAUCAUGUUAUUUAUUUUAUUAUCAUUAUUUUUUUUAAACAUUUUUUCGGUGAAUUUUAUAAACAUAACAUAAGGUAUAUCGUGCCCGGGACUGUAAUCAUUAUUAUAGUUAUGAUUUAUGAAUUAUUUAUUUUUUUUUUGUACAUUAUAAAAGAUUGUUUUUAACAUAUUUAAAUGUCUAGUAAUCUUGCGAUUUUUCACACGAGUCUAAGAAUGCUAUGUCCAGUGGUGUUUAUUUCGUUCAAAAUAACAUCAUGAUCAAACUGAUGAAUCAAUUUCGCAGUAAUCAAAAAUCAUUAUUUACAUUUAAUUUAUUUAAUCGAUUUAAUGUCAUCGUCAGAUAUUAUUUUUUUUAGAUUCAAAGCAUAGCGAAGGAUCUAUUGGUUUAACUAUUUAACACCAGAGGCGUGUUUAACGGAGGACAUAGGAGGCAGUUGAACAAUUUUAAAAUUGUUUGUAGGCGGCAUUCGUUUCAUAACUACUUUGGGUGUUUUCGUCAUAAAUUCGUUUUUCUAUCAGGGAUUUUAAAUUGUAUAAAUGUUAAAAUGUCGAUGAAUUAUAUGAAAUUUUAGAAUCUAAGUGGAGCGAAUUAUAAAGAUGUUUAUUUAUUUAUUUUUUUCUGUGGACAAAUGUUCUAUUAGAGGACUUGCUUCGAUUUUUACGUGUGGCACCUUUUCUGAAAAAAAAUCGAUGUGAAGAGGUACUUUAAGGAGGUUGUUUUUUGAUUUUCUGAGGAGUUUUCUCAAAAAAUGUGAAAAAUAUAGGAAAAUCGGUUCAUCAAACAAAUAUUAUAUAAUGCCUAUUUAAUUGUUUUACCAUAGUACGACAUAUAUAUUGUUGACAAAACAUCACUAUCAACUGAAUUUCGCUCAGAAUCGUUUUUUCGUUAGUAAUGGUUAAUCGUUGCUAACAGAUAUGCAUUCAAUUACCCAUAAAAAUGGCUGCACCUGUCCCCAUUAUCCUAGGACGUCUUUUUUGUUGUUAUUUGGUUCAAAAUUAAUGUAGAGAAAUAGAAGCCUGUAGUUUUUACAAAAUACAAUUUUCAAAAACUUUUAGCUAUUUUUAAGUUAUAGGUAUUUGAUAUUUUCGUGUUUUUAUGUGUAUUUUUAUUUGGUAGGUAUCUGUUAUAAAAAUUAUAACAUUAUAAAUUAUAAUUAUAUGACUUAAGAAAAAUGCUUUAAAAUUUAACACAAUGUACCCACAUUGUUAUUUUACAUUAAACAUGAUUUUCUAUAGUUUUGACCACAAAGUACGAGUUCUAAUAAACCUCCUGUUCAAUUUUAAAGUAUUUUUAUUUAGUUCAAUAAUUUUAUCCAUAGAAAACUUGCAAAAAAUAAAAAUUACUUACAAAAUUAAAAAAGCCCAAAAAUGGCUCAAAUAUUUUUACAGUUUUACCAUGUCUAAAAAAAAAAAAAAUAUAAGUUUUCUGUCCAAAUUUUCGGUGGUAUACGAUUGCGUACGUUUGUACGACUGCGUACAAUUUUUGUACCUGACCCUUCAAAAUAUUACGAUUGCAUACAAAAAUGAGUACUACGUUGCCAACAUGCAAUACUUAGUUUAUUUACUAUAUAUACAAUGAUUGUUAUAUGAACGUAUAACAUACGAAUAUCUAGUGACUAGUAAAAUACAUAAUAAAUUAACUAUUAAGUGAAAAUUGUGCGUGAAAUAAUAAAAAAUUAUUUUAAGUUAUAUUUUAUUAGGUACUUUUAAAUAAUGCAAUAGUGUAUAGUCAAUUAAAAAUAAUAUAUAAUUUAUAUACAGUGCAAAUACAAAUUAUAAAUUACAUUUUGGAAUCUGUGUAUAAUAUAUUAUGUUAUACAAUUUUUUAAAUAAUUAUUAUAAUUUUGAAUUAAAACUGUUGUCAUAAAACCGAUAGUCAACUAAAAAAUACGUACGUAUAAUACGGACGUCGAUACCGUAUCGAUAACCAGUCCCCGCAAAUAAAAAAUGUAAUACAUUAUCAUCUAUUUUAAAUUAAGUGUGUAGUUAUAUUAUAAGCGGUUAUUUUUUUGGAUAACUUUAGUCGUGGAAAUAACAGUUACAAUUACGUUUAUCAAACUAAGUAUCUUAAAGGUUAGUUAAUCAAAGGUUUUUCCUAAAAUAAAUUAUUUUACACAUUUUUCACAAAUUUCACGUUUGUUCAAGUUUUAGUUUUACGUGGUAUGUGACAGAGCCACAAUACAUAUAAAUGGUACACGAAAUUAAAAGUUUGAGAAGCUCAGGUGUAGAUUAAAGAGAAUAAUACCUAUAAAUAGUAUUUCUAUAUAAUAGUGAAUUAGAAAUAGAUUUAAGUAACAAAAUUUAAAACAUAUGUAAAGGCUACAACAUAAGUAUUAAGUUUUUAAUUAAUUACACAACUAAUUUUCUUUUAUUAUUGAAAUUGAAGUGAUACCUUUAUUAAAAAAAAAAAAAAAUUGAAGUAUUAUAUUUAUAAUGAAUUUCAGUUUGUUAAUAAUAAAUACCUACAUUGACUACAUUGAUUUUAUCUUUUCCAAGCUUCAAGUUGAAUGUUCCCUGCCUGCCUCACGACUGCAUUUCUGUUUUCCAUAAGCAUAAUAUGGUAUCGUAAACAUGCUCUCAACGUUUUAUUUUUCCCGAUAUUGUGUAGCUAUAAUUCACAAUUAUUGUUUUUCAGUAAAGCGAAGAAUUUUUUCAAAUUUUUUUCCGAGACAUAGUUCAAAAAAAUCGAGUCUGGUUGAAAUCAUAUUAGCUAAUAUAUAAAGAUUUAGGGUGGAAUAAAAAAACUGCCAUGGUUGGUUUUAAAAAAACGAAGGAAUAACGAAGGGAACAAAUAACGUGCUAAUUUACAAGCAAUACAAAUCCAAUAAUUACGGAUAAUAAUACAGAAAAUAUAAUAAAACUAUUUUUGAUAUUUUACACAUAAAAUAUCAAAAAUGAGCAUAAUAAUAUCUAUUAGAUUUCAACUUACAAGAUUUUUAGAGUCUCAUGAUAGAGAAAUCUUGUAUAUGAAAUGUGCUAUUUUUAAAAAAUGUGUACCUGCCGAAUAUUUUCAAGCACAAUAAAAUAAAUACGUAAUGUAUUAUAUAGCUAUUUAUUUGGUUGUAUUUAAAAAUAUUCGUGUUUACAUUAGUGCAGUUAACUUAUAGGUACCAAACCAAAAUAUACAUUGCUUAAUUCACAAAAACUAGUUAUAAUGUUCAUGUCACUAAUAAUAAAGGCAUAUAUAAUAAUUUCCAUAUGUAUAAUAAUGUACUUCUGGGACAAGUUACUAAUUUUUUUAAAUUUAUUCAGAUUUUUACUAUUAUUUUCCAAAAAUGUUUAAAACAAUUUUUUUAAAAUUUUAAAUUAUUAAAAUUAAUUUUUCUUUUUAGCUAUUAUUUAUACAUUUAUAAUGUUUCAGUAUGUUGUAUUUUUUUAUUCGUUACUAAAUAAACACUGGUGAACAGCAGAGCACUGUUACUAUUUAGUCAAAUGUCCCAUCAGUCGGCUUAUUAUCGUUACAAUACUUCAUUUCAUUUAUUUAUUUAUUUCCGUAAAAUUGAUCUAAAAUAGUAGUUUAUAUUAGGGGUUAUUAUUGUUCAAAACUCCAGAAAUCCUGAAAGGACAUGCAAUUUUAUCAUUAAAAAAAUGGUGGGGUUAAAGGUUGGAAGUUGAAAUUUACAAAAGGCAAAUUCUUGUCACUGUUAUACAUAUUGUACAACAUUUCAUUCAUCCACCUCCAUUUAGGGAUGUAUGCCCUACAUCCCUAAAUCCCCUACAUUGUAGGGGUUUUAAAAGCCGUAAAAACACAAACUUUCUGCAACAUGUUUAAAUUUAUAUUGGAAUUCAAUUAAAUAUUUAUUACUUCAAUUCGCCUAUACAACAGAGAGUCGUUCAAGUGCUUAAAAAAAGUGGAAAUAAGAUAAAUAUAAAUAUAUGUAUAACAGACACAAUACAGUCUCUAAUAGUCUCUGUUUUCGGUGUGAUCUUUAAAGUCGUAAAAUAUAUUACACUAAUGUUAUGAAGAAAUCAAGACAAAUUUGAAUUUAAUAAGUUCAACAAAAAUUAUUAAACAUUUAUGCGUAGGUGUUAGGUACCUAUUUUAGUUUCGGUAAACAUAUACCCAACAAAUUUUCAAAUAACAACAUUUAUAGCACAAUGUCUAUCAUGACCACUUCAUAAAUUUACAUUAAAUUAUGUAAAAUAUCUGUGAUUUAGUUUUAAAUGUAUUCAUAGUUAAAAUAUCAUGUAAAAUAAACUCGAACAAAUGUAUGUACCUGUAUCAACUUUUAUUCGUAUCAACUUUGAUGCCAUGCUUAACUCAACUAUAAUUUAAAGAAAUUAAUUUGUUCGUUCGUCUUUAUAAAUCUUCAGUUCACGAUUAGAGAAAAUACAAAUCAAAAAAUGCUCUUUUUCAAAUCUGUGUGUAGUAUUCAGUAGUCAAUUCCAUCAACAAAUAAAAAAAAAAAAACAAUUUCGGUUAUUUCGUUACAUUUUUGUGUUUUUUUAUUUUUAUUAGAGUAUUAGAUAAAAAUGUAUUAUGUAUAGUAAAACCUUGAAUCAUACAGAUAUUAUAAACGUAGUUACUCGGUCGUUCGUUGAGUCCAAAAUAAUCUCCCAUUUACUUCCAUAAUUUCGGGCUAUACUCAGUACGCACGCGUAUGAUAGUGAACCAAACAGAAAAAACAACACUUGAUCCUAAAUCAUGACAGUGAAUUGGUGGUGGGGAGGGGGGUUUUAUUGAUUAUAGUUGAGUAUAUUACGGAGUGUAACACACGUAGCUAAAUCCGCAGUCCAUGAUGAUCGAAGAGUAAAACAGUUUUUUUUAACAUGUUCAUAAAAAUAAAAAAAUAAGUACACGAUACCUUUUAAAACGAAUCAAAACUUUCGAUGGCGGCGUGAAUGGACGAAAAUCGAAAUUCUAAAAUUAAAAGAAACAAAAAUAAUCGUAUACAUAUUUGGUACGGAAGGUAUUGAUGACGCGAAACAAUCUUGACCAGCGUAUAAUAAAACGAAACAUGUCAAUAAUGAAAUACUGAUUUUACAUUUUUUUUCUUCUCAUAACAUAUCGUAAUUGUUGCUUGGUAUAAUCCAAGGAAAAAUGACGUUCGUAUAUUCGGACGAUAAUUUUAACAAAAACAAUUACAUAAAAUAUACAACCGGCGAAUAUGUUAAAUAGUACUGUGGAUUAUAUGCGCAGUCGUUGGUAUUCCUUAUUUUGACCUUCGAGGAUACGUAAAAAAAAAAAAAAAAUUAUAAAAGUGGUUUUACAAGUAAGACGCGGUCGUUAGAUUCACCCAUUCGGUGUAUCUAACUUAAUAACGCAGUGACGGUGAGCGCGAGUAAUGCGUCUACAAAUAUAGUCGCCCAAACUGCACAGUGGACUUUUGGCCGAUUUUUAAAGGGUAAUUUAAAAAAAACAAUUUUUUGUAUUCGAUUUAGAUAAAACAAUUAAUACGUUACGAAACAAUUUAUCAUAUUAUUACACUACUAGGACAUCUUACAAAUAUUCGUUUUUUCUCAGUGCAUACGUCGCAUUCAAAUUUUAAGACGGAAACACAAUACCAUCCCGCAUUAUCCGUGUCGGUCGGUAUUGUUUAUCUCGGUAUUUUUAUUCUACGUACAAAGCGAAAAUAUUACCUAGCUCUACGUUGCGGUUCUGCCGAAAACCUCGCGACACGUCCUCUCUCUCUUUCGAGCGGUGUUUAAUAACCAGGGUUCUAGCAUUUGCAUAUUAUUUUUGAAAAAUUAAAAAAAUAGCAGAGUUAAACAUAAAUACUGUUCGUCUUGUAAAGAAUCUAAAUCUUAAAUUUUAUUUCGUAUAUUUUACAGUUUUUGAUUUUUUAGAGCAUGUUUUAGCAAUAUGUAGUUUUUAAAUGCUAUAAAAGGACACACACUCAUGUCUUAUCUUAUUGUGCGCCUGCACGGGUUGCACACGUUCUUUUCGAUUUACAUUGUUCUAACCGAUAGCAUAGUCGAAUAAACCAUCGUAAAAUGGUUACUUUAGUUAAUCGCUGAGACUGGUAUCAAUAACUCUAAAAUUAUUCAUCUAAAAACAAAGUUACUAACGUAAAUACCGUUUGUGACGGAAACAAAAUUAACUAGUUCGGUAAGUUUUUAGUAGUUAAACAAUUUCGAUGAAAAAAAAAAUGUAUUUUUAUUUUUUUUUUUUUGGAGCAUAUUUGCUAGUUUUUUUUCAAAGCCUAUUAAUUAUGCGUUACCGUAUUGUAAUACAGACACUGCCGCCGUCGCCGCUAUGGACCGCUGUAGUCGCAGACGUCACGAUUGCCGCACGUUCACUCGGGCGAAAACGGCCGAGCGGGCCGCCUGUUGCUCGCCCGCGUACCGCACGGCCGUCCUGAUCGCCUUGGUGUCGGCCGCCACCUGUUUGUCGGCGGACGCUCGCCCGCAGACCGGCAAUCAAAUAUUUUCGCACGCCGGCCGAGUGUGCGAGUGCAUUCCGUUCUGGCUAUGCGAAGAGGGCAACGUCGUCAUAGUCCCGUCGGGGUAACCCUGCAAUAAAAAUCGGAUCGGCCAUUCGACAAACAACUCAAACGACUUAAACGUACGGAUCGCUUCCCGUCCUUAACGUAGAAAAAAACGGUUAGCACGCACACUAGUCGCCUCCGACGAUUCGGCGGCAGUCCGUAAUUAUGUACGAGUCGCGUCCCGAAAAUGUUCGCACCAGCCGCCUCCUAUAUUGAACAAAGCGGCGCGGUUCAUAAAGUAAACCGAAUCGAAUAUAAUAAUUGUAAUUCUAUUAAAAAUAAUAAUAUAAUUGGUUAAUAAAAAACACGUACAUGAACAGUGCUCGUUCAGAUAAUGUCUGUUAUGGUUCGACAUUACUUAAUCGUUUUCGUCUACUUAUAAAACAGCUUUACAUAUUUUUGUCGUACAAUUUCCCCGUUCUUUGUUUCAGGCCGACUUUUUUCGAAAAGUGCGUUUAAAACUAUUAAUUAUUUUAACACGUUUCGCUCUUCUCACUGAUUAUUUCCCGCAUUUCAAUUUGAUCCACCCUACAAACUUAUUAGAUAAUUUAAAAUCACUUAAUAGCUAUUUGUAAAAACAAAAUCGUACCACGAGUGCUGAAGCUCUGCUAACAACAGUAAUCAUUACACAAGAGAUGUAAUGUUUAAUAUUAGUCGUAUAAUCUUAUCAACGCGCAAAAGUCAUAGAUUACGACUUUGAAUGUAUAGAUACAAAAUCCAAUGAUAGGUCAUUAAUAAGUAACAACCAACAUAAUAUUACUUCAUGAUAAAAGAUUUAAACAAAUCUAUAUAUUUAUGCAUACUGUUUGAACAUUUUUGAAUCGUUUGUGAACCACUUUUACAUUCAUUGCCUGCUUAUUGGGAGACAACUAGUAGUAUAUUCUUUUCGUUCACGAUAAAGUUUGGGGUACGCCGGUAGACGACUCGUACAUACCCGGGAGGCAAUCCGUAUUAAAAUUGUCAACCUUUUUGACCUCGGGAGGCGACUAGUAUGCGCCCGACCGAGAUUACGGUGGAUUUCGAUUCUUUGAAGAUAUUGAAGGACACGCGUUCCGGCUGAGAAACGACACGACUCAUGAGAGAGUAAUAGAAACGUGUCGUUUUUUUCCCAAACGCGCUCCAUUUCAACUCAACCGUGAAGUUUUAACAUGUUUUUUUAAUUUUUUAAUUUUGGUAAUUAUACGAGUUAUGUUGUUUCUCAAACGGCCGAUUCAAUAUUAUGUAUAACAAAAAGUCGUUGAGCGCAGGGUCGUCCCGAACAACGUACCCGGCAUUUCGGGACGGGAGACCGGUCGGAGGAACAGGUAAAACUCGUUCGGUUCCUCCCCUCCCCAUCGGAAAUAUUCGAUAAUUUGUUUCGAACCUGCCGUUAUUUAAAAAUUUCUCCAUCUUCUAUUAUUAUACCGACUGGAAAAUCGAAAACAAAUCGUAACGUACACCUCAAAAGAAAUCUUCUUCAAAAUUGAUAUUGUUGUCUUAUUAAGCUUUAAUAAUGAUAUAUUUUGAAAUUACCAUUAUAAUAAUGUGAUAUUAUUUACAAGAAAAAUAAAAUUGGUAAAUUUAUAACUGUUUUAUCAAGAUGAAUAUGCAGCGCCACGGUCGCGGCGCAGAGUUAAGUAAAAAAAAAGAAGAGCUUGUGCGUCGACCGUAGAAUAGUACACGACACAGCAAACGUCUAUUUAUCCUGUGUAAUUUUACGACAAAUGGUCCGACCUCUCUUUAUCUUGUUCAUAAUAAGCUAUAUUCAUAACUAUAUAUCAUAUAUGUAUUUACUCAAUCCGCAAAACAACAAAGAUAUUUUGUCCCCAUAAUUUUUCACUCGAUAAAAAAAAACAUAGAUUAACUAUAUCCAAAAUUUUAAUAAAAAAAAUAAAGUGAUGACCCAACGAAAACCCUCCGUUAGAAACGUGUAAUAACCUCGCGAAGAAAAAAAAACCCAAGUUACAAAAGUUGUGAUAUCAAAAAGGGGCUAAGUAAUUUCUUAAAUGUAUUAUCAUAGAAAUUGUUUAUGAUUAUUUGUAUUUUAUGAAGUGCGAUAAUUUAAUAUAAAUAAUUUAACUUAGCUUGGCGGCUACUCAUAGUAUGAACUUAAAUAGUAUUAUGGUAGUAUUGAUAAAUUAUAAAAUGGGGAUGUACAUAUUUAUGUCGGCAUUUUUAUUUGUAGUCGUAAAAAUUAGUAGCCGCCAAGUUAAAUUAAAAUGGUAUUUGUAUUUGUAAGUUAUCGCACUUCAUGAAAUACAAAGAAUUAUGAACAAUUUCUAUAAUAAUGCAUUUAAGAAAUUACUCAGUCUUUUUUUGAUAUCAGAACUUUUCUAACUUGAGUUUUUUUUUUUCUUAGUGAGGUUAUUAUGCGUAGUUGAUGGAGGGUUUUUGUUGGAUAUAAUAUAAUAUACGUAUUAUCAAUUUGACAGUUUCAUUUAUAAGGAUAGUAUUAAAUUGAUAAUACCGAUAUUGUCCAAUUCGACAUUUCACAUUUAUUAUUUUAUUAUUGGAUACAUUUAAGUACAACAAGAAGUGUAUAUUUUUUUCAUAAUAUAAUAUAUUAGGUCCAUUCGGUUUUAAGAUCUCGUGAAGCAUGUACAAAAUAUUUCAUCUUUUCAAUUUGGAAUACCCGUGUAAUCUAUUCCGUUAUUAUAAUAUAUGGCUUUCUUUCAUAGCCCAUUCUGGGCGGCCCCGUAUUAACGCGCAGUACCGAUUCGAAUAUAAAAUAUGUAUCGUUAUCGAAAUAUCCAAAAUGAUAAGAUUUAAUUUUCACCUCGUUAUGAUGACGUACAUUUAGGGAUUCCGAGAAUGCAAAUCCAUGUACAGACGGGCAACAGUGUUGCAUUUUGGCAGAGCCUAAACCAAGCGUAGUUCCAACAUCGAACAAUAACGUUAACUGUGGUUAUGGAAACGCUAAUGAUAAAGUAAUCGAAAAAGUAACUUCCGAUGGAGACGAAGCACAGUACGGUGAAUUUCCUUGGAUGGCGGUAAUUUACAAAGUAAAACCGAAUAGUUCACCUGCAGGCGACCAGGAAAAGACCUAUUUGUGCGGAGCUUCGUUGAUCCAUCCUCAAAUCGUGCUGACCGCGGCCCAUUCCAUCAUCAAGUAAUAUUUACAUUAACAUAAACAUCAUUUAAAUGUCGGAAUUUCGUAUUUAUAGUCAGAUAUUGUUUAGGCAUUUGAAGCCGAACUGUUUUUAUUAUACAUAAUGUGCAUUUUUUAAAUUUUUUUUUUUUUAAUAAAAGAAACAAUCCAAAUGAAUUAGUAGUCUACGCAGGUGAGUGGGAUUUAUCAAAAGACAAUGAGCCGGACAUAAUUCAAAAAGCCCAAGUUUCGAAAAUAAUAAUUCAUGAAAAAUACUUUGGAAGCAAAAAAUUCUACAACGAUAUAGCUUUGGUUUAUGUGACCCCGGCAUUUUUUUUGUCUGAAAAUAUAGGUAUACUUUGUUUGCCUCCUCAAGACUUUGUAUUCCAAAUGAAAAAAUGUUUUGCCAGCGGCUGGGGAAAAAGUAGAAUCAGUAAGUAUACAAACCAUACUAUAAAGUCAAAAAUAUAUAAUUAAUGAUACAUAAUACUAGAUUUUUUUUGUUUUAGCUAUAUAGACACAGUUUCCCCAUAAUAAAGUUAUGACAAGUAGCUAAUCCAUUACUGUCCAGCCAUUUAUUAUUAUCUGAUAAUUUUAUAUAUAUGUAUUAUCUGAUUCUUUUAAAUAUUUUAAAAUAUAAUUCGACCAAACAUUUCAAUUGUAAACUUGUAUGUUGAGCAACGAAGAUAGAAAAUAUCAAAUGAAAUACAAUAUGUAUAUGCAAACAAUUGUCGCAAAUAUAUUCACAAGUUUUUAGCACUAUAAUAAAUUAUGACUUAGUACCGAAUUUUGUUAAAAAUAAAGAAUUAAAUUCGACUCCAUAAUAGUAUCAAUAAAAUAUGUUAUUAAUACAAAUAUACAAAUUUUCCUAGGAUGAUGGGUACGGGUGCAUCCACUGUUGUAGGCGGGAAGUUAUAGUAGGAUAUAUAGAUGUGAAUUAAAUAUAUAUCUGUACGCAACGAUUAACCAUUGCUUACGAAAAAAAAGGUUCUGAGUGAAGUUCGGUUGGUAGUGUUGUUUUGUCAACACGUGUUGUUUUCUUAUAAUUAUCUGACAUUAUGUUAUAUUAUAGUAUAAUAAUUACGUAUGCAUUAAACAUUUCUUAAAUAAUAUUUGUUUAAUAUUGCAUCUAUUUUCCUGUUUUUCUUAUGUUUUUCCCAUUUAUCGGAAAAAAAAAUAUCAAAAAACCACCUUAUAGUACCACCCUAAUCAGAUUUCCUUUCAGAAAAAGUGCUACACUUGAAAAUUGGAGCAAGAUUUCAGGUAGAAAAGUUAUUCACAGAUAGAAAAAAUAAAAUAAACAUCGUUGUAAAACCAAUACAUUCCUCAGUUGAGGAAUUCAGUUCUCUCAGCUGAGAAUCUGAAAGUACAAAUUUAUAUUAGCACCGGGCCCACAGCCCAUAAUAUUAAUACAAGAAGCGGCUCCUGUCUUAAAUUAUAUAGCUAGUACGACCAUGUGUCCAAUGGUUAUUGUUUUAUUAGAAGUAAGUCUUCAUUGCUAAAUAGUUUAUAUACAUUUUGUUUGUACUUUGACUCGGUGGAUAGGGUAUCUAAAAUCUUCAUCGCCCCGUCGUGACUAUUUAUCAUAAAUCUUUGGUCCCAGGCAAGGAGUGCAUAAGUCAAUUAUUGGCAUUUUUUUUUUCUUUAUAAUCUUGUCUUCCCUUUAAUUUUUUAAAUUGCAUAAGUGUAUAUUCUCUAUUGUGUAUUAUAAGUGUAUUUUCAGAAUUAGUGUACGCAGUGUAUUAGUGUAUUAGUUUACGUGUAAGUGUAUAUAUUUUAAAUAUUUAAUUAAUUUGUACAAAAUUGAUUUAGGCGCUUCUCCGGAACCAAACAUAUAAUUUAUUAAAUAUUUAUUUAUUUUAGUAUUAUAUUGUUUCUUCGUGUCUUUUAUAGGUGAAGAAGCCUCUGCACAAUCUAUUUUGAAAAGAAUCGAACUGCCGAUCGUGCCCCGCGAUAUUUGCCAGGCACAGUUGAGACUAGACGGGAAUAAACCGAAUUUUGAAUUACACGACAGUUUCAUUUGUGCUGGUGGAGAAAUUGGCAGAGAUACUUGCCAAGUUAGUAUACAUCAGAUACCUAGUUUAGUGUAUAGUCACGUAGGUAAACAAUAUAAUAGUUUUUGAUUUUUAGUUUCUGAUUGGACCGAGAAGUGUAUUGGUUUUACUAUCAUGUGUGAUGAAUUUUUUAUUCGCAUAUUCUCAUUUAGUAGAACAUCUAAUUUUUCUAUACGAGUGCUACUUCGCCAAACGUAGGAGUAAUAUUCAGCGGUAGAGUACACUAUCGCCAAGGCAGCUGUGUUGAGUGUAGACGGAAAGAAGCUGUUAAUCGUAUUUGGGAAAAACUAAAUCUUAUAAACUAUUCUAAACUAUCCAUCACACAUAAAAAUCCUUCCCCAAAUCGUCUUAAAUCACGAAAACUCAAACGGACAAAAAUUAAUAAAGACCGAUUAAGCAUUAAUGAGUGGUGACGGAAAUGGUCGAACAAUGUACAAAUUAAUAGACAGGAUAUCAGUGACCCAUCAAAUACUCUGUCUGGUUUUAACCUAUAAAGGGGGAGAACAGGGAAUAUUUACGCAAUAACGGUUUCUGUUAUUUUCGAAUUAAUAUUUUUGUUGCAGUAUUCUGUAAAAUUAAUCGUAGAAACUUGAAAUUUUCUCAAAAUACUUAUAUUAGCUUUUCUAGUUGAGGUAAAGUAUUCAAAAUAUUUUGUUUAUUUUUACCAAUUUUAUUCGAUUUGAAAUUUCCGUGUUUGGUUUUAUGUGGAUAUAAUAUUUCAGUCGAAUAGAAAUUCAUACAAAUUGUAUACAAGGCGCAUUAUAAGUUUAACUUGAUGGUAAAAAAGUUGGGCGUAAUGUAGUUGUUUAAUGUACAGUUAUGAAUAAAAUUACUCUUUAUAUCUUACCUUCCCAAUUUCUCACCUAUAAUAGUGGCACACUCAUGGUGCAAAGUGUAAAUUGAGUAUGCUCUUCUUUUUUUUACUGACGUGUGUCUUUAAAAUCAUUAUGCGAAUCGGUAUAAAACAUACCUAAGUAGUAAGCGUGAAUUUACUGUUAGUAUACUAUAAUUACUGUACGUUUUUUAAUAUGCCAAACCAAUAUUUUGUUUAAAAGGGCGAUGGUGGAAGUCCUUUGAUGUGCCCUAAUCCGGAUGAUUCCAAACAAUUUCAUCAGGCUGGCAUUGUCUCGUGGGGAUACGCUUGCGGUACCAGAAGUCCGGGUGUAUAUACGGAUGUAUCAAAGUUCAGAAACUGGAUUGACCAGAAAAUGAUUGAUCUAGAUUUGAACACCAAUUAUUACGAAUCCAAUAAUAAACCCUCGAUCGAACCAAUACCAAGAUGA